UUUAUCAACGAACUAGAUUUUCGGUACUUCCUGGACACGUCGACGUACCAGACAGAAACCGGAAAUCUGUUUACCGAAAGAGUACAUUCGUUUUGAAUUAUGGAGACAUUAUACGGUAUACCUUUCGCAGUGUUGGAAUGUCCAAAUAUAAAACUCAAAAAGCCGUCAUGGUUGCACAUGCCCUCUGCUAUGACAGUCUAUGCGAUCGUUAUUGUAUCGUACUUUCUCAUUACUGGAGGCAUCAUCUACGAUGUCAUUGUGGAACCACCUAGUGUGGGUUCAAUGACGGAUGAACAUGGGCACCAGCGGCCAGUUGCGUUUUUGGCAUACAGAGUGAAUGGCCAGUACAUCAUGGAAGGGUUGGCCUCCAGUUUCCUCUUCACUAUGGGAGGCUUGGGCUUCAUAAUCCUGGAUCGCUCCAAUGCCCCAAACAUCCCUAAACUCAACCGCUUCCUCCUGCUGUUCAUUGGUUUUGUAAGCGUCCUGCUCAGCUUCUUCAUGGCCAGGGUAUUCAUGAGAAUGAAACUUCCUGGGUACCUCAUGGGUUAAAGAUGGACACAACAUAUUCCAAAGAUGAAGAAAGAAGGGCAAAGACAAGUAUAACUUGCACAAUCACUGAUUAUGUACUAACGCUUCAAUUGAUUUAAGCCAGCCUAAACAUUCAACACAUUUAAAUUGCAAAUGUAGAAUUGACAGGAACAUCCUUCCCGAGCAAUACGUCUUUGACCAUGUUUCAGUGGUGUAUUAAAGGCCAGUGCUGUCAAAAACGAGA